CCUCGAAUAUUGAUCAACAAACAUAGAUCUCGGCGAUCUUGUUUCACACAUUUACAAUUUCAAAUCGUUUCGACCUUAUUGCCCUAAACGGGAGCUGGAAGGACAUCUAUCAUCAUCCGUCAACCUCAAAGAGAAAGGUGAAGAUGGCAGCCUGGGACAUUGUGACUAGUGACUUUGGCUCAGAUGAAACGGCCAUCUUUGGCCCGAGACAAGAGUCAGGUUCUGCACUCUACCAAGUGGAGACUCUCGCAACAAUAUCUUCUAAAGAUGCGGACGAGAGCGUGGUGCCCAAGGUGGUGACGUCGGUCCUGGGGGAUCUGGCCUGUGUCGCUGUGGAGCAGCAUCUUGCUGUGUUCAGGGAUCUGCAACAUGCAGUCACUCUGGGAUUUGAGUCCCCUAUAGAUGCUGUGUCGUGGAGUCCUAAUGGAAGUCUUCUGAUCAUUGGAGAUAGCCAAGGCAUGCUGCUCAUUCAUGAGACGGAAACCAUGGAAACAGUCUUCUCCUUUAUGGUUGUGCCAGAAGCCGACCGAAGGGAUGGGAACGCCUUCAAGAAGAUUACGUUCCAAAUCAGAGAUGAUGGACUCUAUGACCUGUACAGUUUAUCAGCCGGAGGACGCCUGUAUGUCAUCCGAAACUUGGAUCUAUCACUGCUGGCUGAUGAUGUAGAGGACCGUGUAACCAAGCUGAUGGAGAUGCUGCAGUUUGUCAAUGUCCAGACCACAGACUUCCACACUCACAGAACACACGACAUCAUCACAACUCCGGACACAGUGUACACCCUCGGUACUGGGGACAAUAUCAUUGCUGUGUGGGAGUGGUCAGAUGGUCAGCUGGUUAUCCAGGACAUGGUCGGAGACAUGCUGGAGGGAGACGCUGGUAUGGUGACAGGGAAGUUAUCUACAAACAAAAGAUAUCUCAUCCUGCAAGACUCAAAUGACAGUGUGACAUUAUGGUGUGUCAAGAACCUGGUGUUAUUGAAGCAUCUGCCAGAGUUGAAGGUCUCCCAGUUGUUAAUGCUGGACUCAUCAGAAGACCCCACCAGCAGCCUGACAAGUAUGAAGCUGGUGCUGAUGUCGGCAGCUGACGAUGGUUACAGUGCCUUGUCCAUCCGGGAGAUGCCAUCCUUCCAGCCUGUGUACUCACUACAACUGGCAGCAGAUACAACCCUCUCCCAGUGUAUCCCCACACAGGAGGUACUCUAUGUAGCAGAAGUUUGUCCCUCAGAGAAGCCAGGCCAGUCUGCCACUGUGAGGUUCCGAUGUUUGACGGAGACAAAUCCACAGACAAGGCUGUACAGGAUUCUGCACAAACAGCGGUUUGAGGAAGCUGAGAAGUUUGCUCGGAUGUUUAAUCUAGACACAGAGCUUGUCUACAAGGUGAAACUGAGCUACAUUCUUGACCAGUUGUCUCCCUGGAAUGUCCACAAGUGUGAUUCGGACAUGGUAGCUGACCUUCUCACCCAACUCUGGGACUGCUUACACAACAUCAAGGACGAUGCUGACAUAGCAGAGAAGUGUAUGAGGGCGGCGUUACCAUCGUUUGACGAGACUUGGAAACUCCUUGUUUUCUGUAAGACCAGGCUGCAGAAAUCCGCCACCCCAGAUGAAGCACUGAUGACAAAGUUACUGAGCACUGAGGGGCGUCUCAUUACCUACAGAUAUAUUUAUGGAUCAAAUAAACACAGUUACAGAGCCGAUACCUGGGAAUACUUCUCUAGGAUGGACACCCUGAAGGAAUGUCUGAGAUCAAUGCGGGACGGCAACUCACACAUGGCAUUCACACUGUGGACCAGACACCAGAAUGAAUGGGGUGAUAAACUGACCCCAUCUGUAAUAGACCACUUCUUGUCUGAGAUCCCUGACCGGAUGACAGCCUCAGACAUACAGGGGUGGUUGCUGACAUCCCUCAUACCCCACAUUGGUACCAAGCUGCCCCAUGCAUUGUUCAACAUUGUCAGCUGGGUUAUUCAAAAGGCUCUCAACAUGGAACUCCUUGAAAAGACGGCAUGGCCAGAGAACGCCCUGGGCUUCCUUCAGGAGACACACAGGAGUGUCAGUGAGGCUCUAAAACUGACGACCACGUCAGCACAUAAUCCAUCCGAAAACGUCAGGAAGAGUGUAAACAAGAGUGAGAAGACCCUGCAGCCUCUGCAGGAGAUGAUGACGUCCCUGAAGCAUCUGUGUAAUCUCCACAACAAGUACAAGUGUCACCUUCGACUUACUGAGUUUCUCAAGGAGACGACGGAGAGUGUGGCUUUCCGCAUGCUGGACAAGGUGGUGGCCCUAGAACUGAUUGUGCCGACCCUGGAGCGACAGAUCCGACCCUACAUGCGGGAACACAGGCUCAACGAAGAUCAGGUCUUCUCCAAGUAUAUCAAGGAUCUGCUGGAGCGGACAAGCAACAUCACCUCCUAUACAGGGGAGUCCCCCUGGGAGACCAAGGCCAUCGCUGUCAUCGACUUCAUCAAAGGCCUGAGGGAGAAAGGUGAGGCAAUCCUGGAGGUGAUGAAGUGUGCGUCACUGCCACUGAGUGACAACGUGGACAAGCUGAUACAGAGGGGCUUACAGCUGGAUCAUCCCAUUGUGAAAACGCUUAAAGAGGAGUGUCACAUGCUGGAGGUGAAGAAGCUGAUGCAGAAGUAUGGCAUGAAAAAUCUCAAUCUACCAACGAGAAGUAAAAUACAGCAAAUGAUGUACCACAUCCUGGCGCGUGACAUGGCAACGUGUAUGACGGAUGCAGUCCAGCUGAUCACCACGUAUGAGAUGAAGCUGGAGACAGAGCUGUACUUCUUCCGACUCCAGUGGCUGGUAGCUCACAACAGGCUGGAUGAUUAUUUUGACCUCCUGAAGACCUUGACCCCUGACCUCUCCCUUCACUGUGGACGGCGGAUCAUCAUUCUGGCACAAGUCAAGCUCAACACCAUCAUCUGUGACACACAGGAUAUCCUGGAUGUGAAGAGAUUGUUCACUGAGGCUGCUGUUGGCACUGCACGUCUGCUACUGCAAGAUGUACAGGAGCAUGUUAAUUGUGAGAUCUACGAGGAAAUGAGAAACGACUACAGUGAGAUGACAGCUCUCUUGGCUCUACAGUGUGAGUACAACAAGUUCCUGAUGUUGUCCGAGUACCGGUGUCGGACGUCCAGGGAGGCUGUGCUCAUCUCCUACCUCACAGACUUCUUCACAUCACAAGCAUCAACAAAGGGUGAUAUCAACUAUGCAAAAGUUUACAGACUGGCCAGUUUGCUGGAAGUGCCUGUGGUCCAUCUCCACGGUCAGCUGGCCAUCAAGGCAUCAGGGACAGGUGACAUGGAGACAGCGGUCAAACACUGCAGUAAACUGCUGGAAAGUGACCCAUCCUGCUCCACAGCGGAGACCCUGUACAAGGUCGCGCUGUCCUUCCUGCAGCUGUGUCAGAAGAAGGAGGACGACACACUGGAGGGCAGCAGCAAGCUGCGGGAUCUCUCCUACACAGCUGUCGAACUGGCCGGUCUCGCUCUCACCAUGUGCAGCCCAGAGCGUAUGAGUGCAUGUCUGGACCUGUAUCGAGCCCUGUCACUGUGUCUGGAUGUCAGCAGACAGUGUGAAGUCGGCGAUUACUCUCAGUCUGUACAGAGCCCCAACAACAGCAUGUCGGUAGAGCAGCAGAUCAUCGCCAGUGAGAUGCAUGCUGAGUGGAACCUGUCCCCCAUGUUUAAAGAAGAAUCGUUAGUGAUGACCUCCAGCAAGGUGCUGCCCCUCACUGUCAACUACCUGCUGGCUGUCCCAUCCCUCGCUACAGGUAGCAAGGAUGCUGUUGUGACGAAACUGUCGCCGUCGGUGGUGCAGGGCAUGUCGGAGCCCCUCCUUCCCCUCCUCCUCCACCUGAGGGAGAACUCCCAUCUGGAACUGGCCUACCGAUUUGCCAGCCACAUCAUGUCCUGCCUCACACAGCACGUCACACAGUUCGACAUGGGAUUCGAACACAGCCAGAAACCAGCAGAGCUGGCCAAAGUUCUUGACCACUUGACCACAGCCAAAGAAAAAGUUGCCCCACUUAUGCAGGAACUCACCUUCGGCAUUCUCACAAAGAUCUUCAAUGCCCGCAAGGUGGACCAGAACCUGGGCCUGGCCUACAUCAUCAGCCAGCCUCACAAGGUGAUCAUGGAGAGCCUCAAGAUGUUAGUGUCUGCCUCCGGUCACAACUACAAGAAACUCAUGGCGCUGGCCUCUGUGGGACGAGCAAUGGGUUGUCUGCUACAGGAGGUCAAGGUGACGUCCAUGGCCGAAACCAUGGACACCAGAGCCACAUGGGGACAUCGACUCAGUAAGAUCAAGAUUGAUUUCAAAACGGCAUUCCAAGGAACAACCAAAGAGAGAUUAAAAAUUCUGAAGGCAAUAGCCCAGAAUGAUGCUGCUGAGGUCAACAUCAUCACAGAUUACUGCAAAGACUUUAAUCUGGAGGUUAAAGAGGGUCUCAUGAUCUACAUCCAGCAUGUGUUGUCACUGGAGAUGCCGAUGUGGGAGGGGACUUGCAAUUUAGCCCAGCGCCGAUCUCGCACCCAUAAAGCCAGGGCGGCCAUCAGAGUGCUGCCAGAAUCUGACAUGUUGGAGAUGGAACUUAAUAGGUUACUGAAACAAUGUAACCCAUACGACUAUGAGACCAUCAGGUUCUUGCUGGAAGAAAUACAGAGAUACGACAGCCAACAGGCCAUUAAGGGUCUUGAACUGCUGGAAUAUAUCAGUGUUUACAACAGAAGAUAUCCGCCAUCAGAAUAUGAACAACAGUACCGUGGAGAAGGGGAGAGAGAGGAGUUAUCAGGUGUUCUGGACACACUCCCGGCAGCCAGCAAGAAGUUUGUCCCCUUCCAUCCGCUAAUGUUUGGUGACCCUUGGAAGAUUAUCACACCUGAGCUUGAAGAUGAUUCUGUUUCAAUAUGGCUUCCGAUUGCAAAAGUGUUAAAGCUACAAGAGGAUCAGAUACCACUCAUGGCAAUACAGAACAUGGUCCGACGUCACGUCAAGUCUCUCCGACAGCAGGCUACCGGAAACUUGGACAAAAACAGCUGUGACUGGAGCUUUGACCAAAACAGCGUGGCUUUCCUCGAUAGAGUGAGGGAUCUGCUCAUGAGUGUGUCUAACUGUGAGAUGGGGCUAGCCUGUGCUACUUGGCUCUUCAAGGAGCUGCCCAUGGGUGGGGAGAAAGUGAUUGCUCUCAAAGGCUGUGUGAUGUUUGCCGAGAAAUGGUACCAGGCCUGUGAUGAAAAAACCCAGAAAGGACAAAGAGAUAAGGCCCAGGCUGCCUAUUUGAAGUUUGUGGCAGUGUUCAAGCGUCUGUCCACGGAGCGUGUUCUGUUCAUGAAUGACCUGGCAGAGCCUGACAUACUACAGCUCUGUAGCAAGCCGGCCGACCUGAUUGUCAAGCUGUAUGAACAUCCCAGCAUCACGGCGUCCUGGGACUGCCAGGUCAAAAAGCCAGAUAUCAAUGCUGUUGUGAAGGAGAUCAGUGAAGUGAAUGACCUUGAACUAGAAAGUAUCUGUUUUGGUCUAAUCAAGAAAUGGCUGCCGUCUGUGGAGGCUAAACAAGAAGCUGAUGAUACAAUGACCUUCAACUUUGACAAUCUGAAACUUGCAGGAGAUGAACCCAGACAAGAUGAUGAUGAGAGUCUCAGGCGAGUGAUGUACAUCAUGAAAGGCAUCAACAAGGAGGACUGCGCCGUCACAGUCUUCAACUUCAUCAACCAGGAAACUGACAGUGAGACCACCAACCAGUGUCGAGUGAGAGGACUCCAGUGUCUUCUACAGGUGUUCAGCAGGGAGGAUGUAUUUCGGAUAUGUGACAAGUCAGCUCAGGAGCUCAGUGAGCUGAUGCAUGUGCUGCUGUACCUGGUUGAGCUUGAGAAGCUGCACAUCCAGCACUCAGUGCAGACGUUCCGGGAGUGCAACAAGGAGGGUCUCAUCAUGGGGGUAUGGAGGAACCACAACCACCAGAAGACGGGUGUACGGCUGGUGGCGGCACUGUGUCAAGACUACAAGGUGUACGACACACAGCUUUGGAACAACAUCCUAACACAGAUGCUGGGGCAGAGCAUGAGAUGUGAGCUGGAGCAGGUGCUCCUUCAUCUGUGUGGUGUAGCAGAGGUCUGGUGUGUGCCCAUCUUUGUCAAAGUGUGGCAGUCUGUGCUCUCCAUGCCACUCAAUAACAUGUGUUCUCCCCUCAGUGAUGACCAGACCAAGGACGUCCUCUACUACUUCAACCUUCUGUCCAGAUGUCCAGUUGUGACCAGCCUUGACCUUGUGUCGUUGAGUAACCAGUUCCAGAACCUUGAGCUGCCAGUGUGUGCAGCCGGCUGUCUGCUGAUGUCACCCACCUCGCCCCGACAGAAGGUCAAGGACAUCCUGGAUGGACCUCACCAUCUGGAGGACAUUGCACAUCUGGGACGACUCGGACUCAACAGCUUCUCAGUGAAGCAGAUGGAGGAGUUUGUGUAUGAGGAGAUUGAGCUUGACAAAGAGUAUGCCAGUGUCAGUAAGCACCAGCUGCCUGGCUUCAUACAAUACAUCAUAGCACAGGGGAAUAUAGACGGCAUGCUGGUCUUUGCCCUGGAGAACAGCAGGCUGAAAGAGGCAGGUCAGUUGGUGCAGAUGUACCUGGCAGAGGACAGUGAGAUGGAGGACCAAGUUGAGGACUACAUGAGGACAUACAGAGAGGAUGACCUUCUGCAGGCUUACUUGAAAGUAAUGAACAUACAGACAAGCUGAGGGACUCCAGUGCCUUGAACAUAGGAGGAUGGGUUAAUAUCGUAUAACUAUGUGUGUAAAGGAUGAAUCAUAAAAUCAUGUGCAGUAUGAAUUUGUUAUACACCUAUAUGUAAAUAAAAAAACAGCACAACAUAUGACUUUUACCUUGUUUAUUGUAUCACAGUAGGAUAACAGUUUAAUACUGGACCCAGCUAUAAUUUGUUGAGUCUAUGCUGUAUAUGUCAAUAAAAAUGUACAAAUUCUUAA